AUGAUAAAGGUGUUUGAAAUGACAGAUCUUGGAGUUAUGUCCUACUUCCUUGGCAUGGAGAUCAAGCAAGGGCAAGGUGAAAUUUUCAUAUGUCGGAAAAAGUAUGCAAAGGAAAUACUAAAGAAAUUUCAAAUGGAAGAAUGCAAGGCAGUAAGCACUCCAAUGAAUCAAAAGGAGAAGUUGCACAAAGAAGAUGGUGCUAACAAUGUUGAUGAAGGAUAUUUUAGAAGCUUGAUUGGUUGCUUGAUGUACUUCACGACAACAAGGCCUGAUAUUUUUAAUGUUGUAAGUAUUCUGUCUCGAUUCAUGCAUUGUGCAAGUGAAUUUCAUCUCAAGGCUGCCAAAAGAGUGAUUCGGUAUGUGAAGGGUACAAGUGAUUUUGGUGUUAAGUUCACAUGGAGCAAAGAAUUUAAGCUGGCAAGUUUCUCUGAUAGUGACUGGAGAGGUUCUAUGGAUGAUAUGAAAAGUACUUCAGGCUACUGUUUUACUCUUGGAUCAAGUGUUUUUUCUUGGAGCUCAAAGAAGCAAGAAAUUGUAGCUCAAUCCAUUGCAGAAACUGAGUUUAUUACAACAACAGCUGCAGUCAAUCAAAUUGUAUGGUUAAGAAAGAUUUUAAUGGAUAAGUCUGGAGCAAAAAGAAAGUACCAAGAUUUUUGUUGA